GGGUAAUCUUAAAAAAAAAGAAAACAUAAACACAAUUUACCGAAUGUCGGGUAUCUUUCGAAAAACGCUAAAGAUCUGUUUCUUUAAAACCAGAAUUAAUGAAUAUUUAAUUUGCAAGACGCGGAAAAUCGUAAAAAUGCCGUUUUACGCCGUUGCAAAAGGCCGAAGUACAGGUAUUUAUAAUUCAUGGGCUGAUUGCGAAGCCCAAGUUAAAGGUUUCUCUGGAGCAAAAUUCAAAAAGUUCGAUACUGUGUCAGACGCUAAUGAAUUCAUCCGUUCGAAUUCUAACUACGGUGGAAGCUAUGGAAACAAAUCCACUUACAAUAAUUAUCAAAGCGGAAACAAUAAAAAUCUUAAGAGAUCUUACAGCACAUCGUCCAAGAACAACAAUCAUUAUCAGAACCAAAGCUCUUCGUGGACCAAUGAGGUUGAUUCCGAUUCAUCCGGAGACGACCUAGACGUAAUAUUAAAUAAACAAAUGGACGAUUUAGAGAAAAGAGUUAACAAUUUUGCCAAAGGCAUGGACAAGAUAAGCAAGUCUGCUCAAGCAGCCGGUCCCCGUGCCGGAGUUAAAAAAUCUAUUUUGAUUGAACCGCCUCAACCUAAAAAAUACAAACAUGCUCAAAACAUUGAGUUUGAAACAGAUAAUGAAGGUUAUGUACAAGUGUAUACAGAUGGCGCUUGCUCAUCCAAUGGCAAGCAGGGUGCCCAAGCUGGUCUCGGGGUGUAUUGGGGUGACAACCACCCACUCAACAGAAGCCAGCCAGUCUCUGGCCGGGCCACCAACAACUGUGGCGAGAUUCAAGCAGCAACACUGGCCAUUAAAAUUGCACUCCAAUACGGAAUCAAGAAACUAACCAUUAAUACAGAUUCUCAAUUUCUCAUCAAUGCAGUUACCAAAUGGAUCCCUGGUUGGAAACGAAGAGGAUGGAAAUUGGCAUCUGGAGAGCCUGUUAAGAAUGAAAUAGAUUUCAAGGACCUAGACAGUGUCAUGCACAAACUUAUAAUUAGAUGGAACUAUGUUAAAGCACACAAUGGAAAACAUGGCAAUGAGAUGGCUGACAGGCUAGCAAAGGCUGGAGCAAGGAUGUAUAACCGAUAAAUGAUUGAGUGUUUAGGUCUGAUGCUUUGACCAGAAUGAUUGUUACACAUGUAUGACAUUAAUAUAUUAAUAAUUAAGUUGUAUAGCCCAAAACACAUUUCGCGACCGCAAGUGUGUUUAUAUGUAUACCUUGGCCAUGUCAUUUCUGCACAGAAUGAGCUGAUUUGAUGAUUGUUUUCUCCCGAUGUGGCCCUUUUCUAUUUGAGUCUUACAAAGACUUUGGUAGUUAGGUUAGAUAAGAUUUAAUUCAAUUCAGACUGAACAUUUAUUUCUAUAAAUUAGGUUAAGUGCUUCCAAUAAUCCAAUCCAAAUUGAACCACCAAGUCUGGUAAUUAUUCUGCUCCAUUGUUCUGCAAUGCAUUGCUAGUCACAUUGAAAUGUCUGCUGGAUCCACUAACCCUAUUCAUUACGAUUUCUGCUAACACAAGUAACUCACUUGGUAAUCACCAAAUAAAUCAAUCGAUUUGCCUAACAACUGAAUAGCAAAAAGAUUACCUAUAUUAUAGAAUUCAUAACCUCAAAUAAAAAUUAUUCAAUAAUUCCUUCAAGCAAAUAAAUUCAAACAAAAGCAAAGACUGAAUAACCCUCACUAUACCUACCCCUACCUACCUAAGAUGAAAGAAAUUGGUAUCACUAAGUAAAUGCUUAUAAGGUGGGAUAUUAAACUUUCUGAUUUAAAACAGGCUACCUUUAGUGAGUGGCUAAAGAGAUGCAUUAUGGCAAAAAAAGGGCAGUGUAGCGUGAUAUUUCUGCCAGACAAGGAGAUACAAUUGCUUAUUUAUACCUAUUGUUCAUAUCAAAAUUAUUGGAAUGAUUCGCGAAAAAAGCAUCGUGUGAUAUGAGAGCUAUUUAAUUGUAUCGUUUUCAAUCAAUAGGGACCACAUUGUUGAUUAUCAACUGUUAUCAAUAAGGAUAGGUAAUACUAUAUCUAAUCCAAAAUUCUACAAUUACAAAUUGAUUACUUAAGUAAUUACAAUUACUGCAGUUUUUUUUUAUUAAAUGUAAGUACCUACACUAAGAAUCAUUAAAAAUUACCUUUUGUUUGAAAACAGCACAUUUUUAAUUGGGGUACCUACCUGUUAAAUAUUUAAUAUAGGUUUUUAAUUUGCUUAUUAUACCUACUUAUUUACGCGAAAUUUGUAUUUUGUUUGUUUGUUGAUUGAUUUGUAUUUGUAAUUGAAGUUAAAAAUGAGCAGGUUUU